AUGUUUUUGGUUUUCCACUUGAUUUUGAUGGAUGGGAAAAUGAAACAUUUUGUAAUAAUCAUGUAUGUCACGCUGGUGAGUUACCCUAUACAUUUGAAUCAACAUGGGUCAAUUUUACAGAUGCUGGUAGACGUGUAUCAACAAGUAUGGCAACUUAUUGGACAAAUUUUGCUAAAAGUCAUAAUCCAAAUCAACCAGUAGCAGGAUCAUUAAUAUGGCCAGAAGCAAAUGUAAAUAAAUCUUAUUUAUACUUUCAAGAUCCACUUGAUAUUCGAAAAUAUUAUUUAAAAGACGAUUGUGACUUUUGGGAUAAAAUCGGUUACAAGACGAAACGAUUUAAUGUAUAA